UGGGUCCCUUCUGCCAGGCAAUGUUAUAAUACGCUAGACGAAGUAUAGUGUGAGCCUGUUCAGCCGUUGCUUCGACAUGCACUAUUGUAUGUACUACGAGUCUUGUACUCACAGAGAAGAGUAUGCGAUGUGAGCAGAGUACAACAGUGUGCGAAGAGGUCACGUCCACAACGAGACCGCGUCCACAGAGUCGGCAUCGGCUAGGUGCCACAGGUGAAAGAAUUUCUGGGCCCGCAGAGCCGUUCGCCUGGGACAGCGACUAUGUCCAUUCCUCAGCCAGAGAACAACGCCAUUGUGCAAUUUGCUGGGAGGAAUUAUCCUCGUUACGCCUUGCAACACGGGAUACAUUGUGUUCCGGUCGAUGAGGAGGAGGAGCAGCGAUACGACGAAGUGAAUGAUGUGUUGCAGAAGCUUUUUGGAGACGGUAUCGACGGCGUCAUUCUCCCUGAAGCGAUGCGAGACGAAGAACGCCUGGACGAAGGAGCUGAGGUUCUCGAGUGCGGUUACGGAAAGGCUGCCUGGAUAGACAAGCUGCUCGCGUAUCGACCGGACGCCGACGUCACUGGAAUAGACAUCUUCACUGGCCAAGGCAAUUCCGAUGAGGACGACGACGACGAGGACGAAGAGGAGGACGCGGGCAUCGAAUCGUUCAUUCGCAGAAGGUGGAACUUGAAUGCAUCCUUCCGGGAAGAUACCAGCGAUGACCAUUUGAAGCCUGAGACAUUCGACCUCAUCAACAGUCGCUUGCUGGCAGAUGGGAUAAACGCAGAUCGUUGGCAAUCGUAUGUUCGGGAGCUGUAUGUACUGUUGAAGCCUGAUGGCUGGUUGCAGAUGGUGGAGGGCCAGGCACUGUUCCAAUCAGACAGCGGGCGCGAUGCGCCGUUCCUUAGUCGUUGGUGGGAGUGGUACAGAGAAAAGAUGAUUCAGAUGCGAAAGAAUCCUCGCAUCGCUUCUCAAUUGGGAACUCUCAUGACGAAUGCAGGAUUCAAGGACGUCCAUUAUCAUGUCGCCCGGCUUCCUCUUGGCAGUUGGGAUCCAGCAAAGGCACAGCUUGGUAACCAGAUGAGAGACGUAGUUGACCAGAUGCUGAUCGAUGUCUCAUUAUAUCCGUUCCUUGCUGUUGGCAAGAUGCCGCGAGAGCAAUACGACAAUCUCAUCGCGGGUGCUCGUGCAGAGUUGCGUCGACCGGAGCUGAGAUUGUAUUUCAAUAUGCACGUUGCUUAUGGUCGGAAGUCGAGACGAGGUCGGUGAAACUGUCUCGGUACGAACGUCUGGUCGCGAAGCGGGGCGUGUCUUUGCAUUAGAUACUCCGUUCGUGGGUGUUCAUUGUUGUGAUGCCCACGAACAUCAGCCGUUUGUCCAUUGUGUCGCAUGGCCGUUGGACAACGCGCACGAUAUUGGCGCAAGCUUUCGUCUUCGUCGCUGCGGGCAUGGCAGAGUCGAUUCUCGAGGUGUACGCAAUAUCAGAGUGCGUUUAUCGCGGCUGUACGUCUCACCAUUGUGGUGAAUGGCAACUGAAGCAGUCUUCUGGCGGAUCAUGGCAGAGGUCCGGCUCGGCAUGGGUGAAACACUCUCGUGCGAGUGGAAGGAGACCAACCGCUCCUGCGUGGGCUCAACUGGAAGGUGUGCGGGCGUGGGGCUGCCGAGAUGUAGGAAGUGAUGCCAGAGGAAUGUCGCUGGAGUCCAAAGAUCACAUAACGGUUUCGCAGGGUGGGUAGCAAAGUUACAGCAGCUUGAAAGAAGAUACAUGAAAAGAAGAGAACGAGUGAAGUCGCCAUAAAGUUGGCUCCUGCUACUUGGGAAACAGCAGCCGCCCAUCUCCUGCUGCCGACCCAAUGCUAUGGAUCCGAGAUCAGGCCCAACUAUGGAACUUUAUCGAUCGUCGCGUCAAGCGCUGAAUUGUCUCAAAUGAACCACGGGAACGUGUCACCGAACAAAUUCUGGACACCACCACGCCGUUGCAAGCACUUCACGUCCUACUACUCCAUCAGUCUGUUUAUGAUGUAGACCUUGAGAUGGGGUACCUGAGAGCUUUGUGUCAGUGGUGGUC